AGAGGAGACUGCGGUUCCUUCUGCCCGGUCUGUGCGGCUUCUGGGUCGGCGGGCCAGGCGAGGGGGGGAGGGCCCUGGAGGGCCACAGCGCCUUCCCCGCCGGCCUGGACCCCCCAGCAGCGCUGCCCGUGGCCGGCCCUGCUGAGAGCCUGAGGCCUGGCAAGAAGGUGUGAAUGACCGAGGAGGUGCCCCCGACUGCACUUAGUGAGAUCAGCCUCCGCCUUCUGUGCCAUGAUGACAUAGACAUGGUCAAGCAGCUUUGCGGCGAUUGGUUCCCAAUAGAGUACCCUGACUCAUGGUAUCGGGACAUCACUUCGAACAAGAAGUUUUUCUCCUUGGCAGCCACUUACCGAGGCCUCAUUGUGGGAAUGAUAGUAGCCGAGAUCAAGAGUCGGACAAAAGUACACAAAGAGGAUGGUGACAUUCUGGCUUCCAGCUUUCCUGUGGAUACUCAAGUGGCCUACAUUUUAAGCCUCGGCGUGGUGAAAGAAUUCCGAAAGCAUGGCAUCGGCUCACUCUUGCUGGAAAGCUUGAAAGACCACAUCUCCAGCACAGCCCAGGACCACUGCAAAGCCAUCUAUUUGCACGUCCUCACCUCCAACAACACCGCAAUCAAUUUCUACGAGAACAGAGACUUCAAGCAGCACCACUACCUGCCCUAUUAUUACUCCAUCAGGGGCGUACUCAAAGAUGGCUUCACUUACGUCCUGUACAUCAACGGCGGGCACCCUCCCUGGACAAUCUUGGAUUACCUCCAACACAUUGGGUCAGCCUUGGCCAGUCUGAGCCCCUGUACGAUUCCUCAGCGGAUUUACCGCCAAGCCCAGAGCCUCCUCUGCAGCCUUUUACCGUGGUCAAGUAUCUCAGCAAAGAGCAGCAUUGAAUACAGCCGGACCAUGUGACACGAAGGCCGUUCUCAUGUUUGCUGGAGUUGCACAGCUCUGUUGUGAGGAAGCAGCCAGGGGCUCCACAUGUGAACUGACCUGACCCUGCAGACCAGGAUGCCCUUCUGUGGACCAGGCGGCAUUUGGGAGCCCGUCCACCUGGCUGGGCUCCCAGUUCCCCACCUUGGCUUGGCGCUUAAGAGAGUCUGUCUCAGAGGGGCCUGGCCCCGUGCCGCAGGUGAGCGGCUGUUGGUGCCCAAGCAAGGUCCUCUAGCGCCAGGUGGGAGAUGUCGGCAGACUCUGGAAAUCUGCUUGGAGUGGUGACCUGCCAGGUGGCGGGCUGAAGGAAGGAGGCAGUGCAGAAGUCGGAGGAGUGGUCUUGGUGGGGCUUGUGACCUGCUCUGGAGCUGGGAGCGCUCCUUGGCCCUGCAGUUUGGGACUUGCUGGCCUGGUUGUGACUCCGCAAGAAGCAGAUGGAAACGUGGAAGACACAGGGAACGAAUUUGCUGUUUCAUAGUGAAAUGUGUGUAUAUAAUUCAGUAUACAGUGUGUAUAUAUCCUUUUGCCUCUUGUCUGAGCUAGAACUCAAGGACAGAGGGUGAAUCGAGCCUGGGUAACAGGGAUCCAGGCACGUGCGGCAUCUUCUGCCAGGAGCCCGUUUAGGACAGAGGUUGCCCAUCAGUGUUCUGGAGGUUCCAAGGGACAGUUUUGAAAUGGUCUCCCCUUUUCAGGUGUAGCGAGGAUUGGAAAAGUCCAGGGGCUGAGCUCUCUGAGUUCCAUCUCUGGUUCCUGGCCCUUGAGCCCUCCAGUGGAGCAAUUAUUUGCCUGUUUUGCACAAGAUACUUUCCAACAACAAUUAAGCUGAGAAAGGGGUGCAGGACUGAGCCCUGUAAUGUUAUCCCUGAUCCUCAAGGAAUGGGAAAUCAGUUCCUCCAGCUCUGCAAAUGCAGUCAGCCUACAGAGAAGGAAGACGGCCUCCCUGGCACCAGGCAGCUGUGGGGCUUUUCAGUUGUUGAGCUUUACUGCUGCAGCAGAGGCAUCUCCCGUCGGUGGGUGUGGGGUCAGUGGUCUGUCCUUUCAGGGUCUUGGACGUUGUUCCCAGGGACCUUCUCCCCUUUCCCCAUGAGUUAGGAGGCAACAGAGCCCUCUGGGGAGCUUGGGGUUUUCCUUCCCAUGUGACCCAAGAAGUCCCUCCCCAACCACGCUGGCCACACUGUUAAAGAGGCUCCCUGCCUCUGGCCGAGGUGUGGGACUCAGGAAUCACCUCCACAUUGGGAAAGAAAAAGGCCGUGGGACUGGAGUUGGUCCUGCCUCCUCCCAGUGGGGCUUGUCCCUGCGUGAGAGGACAAUGCCAGUUGCUUGUGCAUGUACUUGGUGAGUCUCCGGACGUCCUUAGUCCCCUGGGCAUAGUUGCAUCCCAAGAAGGGAUCAGAACCUCCUGACAGAGCCAGCGAAGCCAGAAGAACUCAGAAGGAGGACCCAGUUAUGCUGCCGAAGCCCAGCUGUCAACCCAGCAGAUGCGCUCCAGGCAGUCGGGGGUUACCGCAGAGACAGAUUGGUUCUCUCUACUGUAGCACCAAAAAGCAGAAAGGGUCUCUUUGUGAAAGGCCCUUCUGUCCUGGGGGCAAGGGAUGGGUUGGGAAGAGCCCAUUUAAUAUACAUCAUAGUGUGUGUUCUUCUCUAAAUGUAUUUUUCUAAAUCUUUCUUUUUUGCUUGAGACUGUCUUGAGUUCCAGUUUGUACAUUCUGGUUUCCUUUUGUGGUUUUACAUACACUUUUCCACAUCUGAAUUCAGUGCACUUAACCAGUACUCACCAGUGGCUUCUGGGAAACAAGCCUCCGUCUUCCCUGUGACACCCUCUGCGCAGCUGCCACCUGCUCUCCCUGUAAAGGUUUUGAGGUUGACCACUUGCCUGCUGUACCUUUUAUUUAUUCAAAACAACAGUCAGCUGGUCACUUUCAAUGUCUGAUUAAAACAUUUUGUUUGUGGUU